AUGCCUUCUCAACCCGUCUCGCCCAAGAAACAGCGUCUUACGCUUGGACAAUUGGCUGCCUACGACGAUAUCUUGACAGAUGCUCUCGUGGACCAUGUAUACUUCUGGACCACUAUCCGCAAAAAUAAGAACGCCUACCACUCCUCUCGCGGGAUCACAGAAGAAGCAGUCACUGCAAUUCUCCAGAAGCGAGUGAUUGUAGAGAAGGAUGCGGCAAAGGCAGAAGCGGAAAUCCUGGAACUCCCCGCGCUCAAGAAGUUCUCGCAAAAUCUGAAGACGGAAAAAGAAAAGGACGACUUUCGGCGCCACUUGCGGAAGUAUGUCAACAUCUAUCUCCCGGAUUGUCCUUUCGAGGUUUCGAGCACGAAUCGGUACACCAUUAACACUCAUGAGGCCGCGGUCACUGCGCGGAGGUAUAUCAAGAAAGGGGAAGUGGUCAAAUAUCUCUGUGGUAUUCAAGUUAUCAUGACUGAGGAAGAGGAGGAGUUGAUUAAGUCAAGUCGACGUGACUUUAGCAUUGUCGUUUCCAGUCGGAACAAGACGGCAUCUCUGUUUCUAGGACCAGCUCGAUUUGCCAAUCAUGAUUGUGGAGCGAACGCUCGGCUAAUGACCUCUGGAGCUGUCGGAAUGGAUAUCAUUGCUGUUACCGAUAUUGAGGUUGGGGACGAGAUUACUGUGUCAUAUGGCGAGAACUACUUCGGAGAAGAUAACUGCGAAUGCCUUUGUCAGACUUGCGAAAACAAUGGUCUGAAUGGCUGGGCUCGGGGUGAAGCUGAUGAGCAGAAAACACUUGUCCCUCAACCGUCUAUCGAAGAGGAAACUGGAAGCGGGCGUGGUUCUUACUCUUUGCGUCGACGCAGAAGACGAGAUUCGACCGCCUCAUCAAGAGAUGAAUCCAUGACACCUGAAAUCAACAUUCGUCCUUUUGUGUCGAAGGCAACUCCUAGGUCGUUAUCACGAUUCAAGAAUCUCGACUCGCCCCAAGGAAAAUCACCUUCUGUCGAACCGAACGUUUCUCCCCUGAAGCGGAAGCGUUUGGAAGAUUCGACGCCCUCGCCGUCCAAAAAGUCCAAGAAAUCUAGGUACAAGCUCCCGAAAAAGUCUGAGCCAUCCAAUCUCAGCAUUUCGACUUGUGCAAGCACAAAUCCCUCGCCACCCAGCUCAACCAGAUCCAGACGCUGCAGCGCAUCCCCCUCUGGAACUGACAACCAAACAGGUACUGAUGCUACAUCUGUGGACGAGGACACUAUUAUUGUCGAACAUCCGCAACCCAGAGUCAUCAGCCCAACGGUUUCAAAACUACGGAAGACUAAAGCCAGAAAUCAGCCACCCUUGGAACAAGCUCAAUCAGGAGAGCCAAUUCUUGUCGGCGAAUCAACUAGCUUGCAGCAUCCAGUCCUUCAGGAUGACAACUCGAGUACCUCGACUCUCUCGGACAUUAGCAGUGAAAUUUUCUCUCCAGAGGAACUGAAAACCAUAGAGAAGUCUAUGGCAGCAAAGAAAUCCAGAGGAGGAAAUACCAGAAAACGUAAGGCUCCAGAACAGGCCUCAGAUGACGAAGAUGAUGACGACGAGCCGGCCCCAGUCCGCACACGAGGCGAUUAUGUGCUCACAUCACGACUUCUUGCCGAACCAACCUCUGCAUGGAUCACGUGCAAGAUCUGUGAGGAGUCAUUUGUACAACAAAAUGCGUACUUCACACGUUCUUCCUGCCCAAGAUGCGAGCGUCAUAGCAAGCUCUAUGGCUACAUGUGGCCAAAGACUGACAAGGAAGGCAAGAAUGACACAGAAGAGCGAGUUCUAGAUCACCGAACUGUCCACCGCUUCAUCAAGCCACAGGAGGAGCGAGCAAUCCGGAAGAGAAAUCGAAGCACGACCGAAAGUCAGGUGGUUUCGCGAGACGUUAGCGAAGUCGUGCAACCAGAGGCUGUAGAGAAAGCGAAGGGGAAGAGCAGACCACGGAAGAAGAGAGCUAGAGCCACGAUGUAGGGAGAAUUGGUGCAUAGACAUUUCGGAAGUUAUUUUGAGCGAGCAUGUGUACUUGAGGGGGCGUUUGGGAGGCAUUCGGGGGAGCAUCAUUGGCAUUGGCAUGGGCAAGCGCUGUAUUCAUCACAGCGCCUUUUAUGUACCAAUAGGUAAUACAUUUGCGGAUAAUUUAAGGAAGUGAGGGGUUGUAUUAUAGUUCUCUUGGAUGGCAAGCCGCGUCGUGAGGUAUUGAUGGAGAGCUUAGCUCUGAACCGUUCGCUGUUCAGCUCUCGUCUCUUAAGAACUGGAUAUUUGGAUUUGGAAUUGUUGGUUCACGGUCGGACUGAAGUACCAUGUUCUGUAUGAAGGCGGGAUCAAGAAGUAAUGGUCCAUUGCGUAUGUUGAGGCUAGGCUAAUCUAACCAAUCAAUCAAUCGAAUCUGGCAUAGAAGUAGAAGAUCAGAUUGAAGAGAAGCUCGGACUGGUGC